AUGGCCACAUACUCUCGGCUCCCGGGAUCCGUUGCUUUGAUAACUCUUCAGAAUCCACCUGUCAAUGCGCUCAGGUGAGUUAAAAAUAACUUGGUACGGUCAGGAUAAUAUUGCGCGCAGUAGGAAGUUGGACAAACGUGUAUGUUCCUGUCGAUUAGUAGGUUUAAGUGUUACGAAGGUGACAACAAAGGAAGUUGUUUAUCUUUUGCACCUGUCAUGUCCUUGUUAAAAAUACUUGUCUUUAGGCUUUAAGAUUAUAAUAUUAUUAUUAAAGUGUGCCUAAUAUGAAAUGCUUAAUCAUGUAAAUUGAACUCCUGGUAGUCUUGUAACAUAUACUGUAACUUCACAUGAUUCUGCACCUGUCUGUCUGUGAGAGUUUUGGAACGGCAUAUUGCCAUAUUGAUGUGAUUCUGUGUGUCCCCAGUGCAGCGGUGCGACAGGGCAUAGUAGACACGGUGCAGAGGGCCCUGAAGGACCCAAAGGUGACAUCUGUAGUGAUCUGUGGACAGAAUGGGAGGUUCUGUGGAGGUAAGAAUGGUCUUAUAGAUUGUACAGGAUACUGCAGUGUUUGAAAUGGGACCCUAUUCCCUAUAUAGUGCACUGCUUAUUCCCUAUAUAGUGCACUGCUUUUGACCAGAGCCCGUAUCAAAAGUAGUGCACUAUAUGAGGAAAUAGGGUGCCAUUUUUGACGCACCGUAGGUCUGUCUAGACUAGAGGUCUGGAUCUGUUUGUCUGCGUCCCAAUUGUAUUCCCUAUAUACAGUAGUGCACUACCCUUCUUGUCAAAAGUAGUGCACUAUAUGAGGAAAUAGAGUGCCAUUUGAGACGCAAACUUUGUCUCCCAGCAGCACUGAUACAGAGAUUUGUCUAUUUCUCAGUUUCAAAUAUGUUUUAUUAUGAAGCAUAUUCAUUCAGGUAUACAACUGUACAAUGCGAUCAGAGGUUUGUCUGUUUCUACCAGGGGCGGACAUCAGGGAGUUUGCGGGGCCGAUGUUGGGGCCCCCCCUUGUGCCCAUGAUCCAUGCUAUAGAGGCUGUGGACAAGCCUGUGGUGGCAGCUAUCGAGGGGGUAGCACUGGGAGGAGGACUGGAGUUAGCACUGGGCUGCCACUAUCGCAUUGCACACUCCAAGGUUAGUUACAUGAGUCUCUCUCUCAGGGGUCAACGUUCAAAUGACUGGCUGACUUGACAGAGUAAUCAUACGUCCAGCUGACUGACUGACUGAUCAUACGACUGACUGACUGACUGAUCAUACAGUACCAGUCAAAGUUUUUGAUACACCUACUCAUUCAAGGGUUUUUCUUUAUUUUUUACUAUUUUCUACACUGUAGAAUAAUAGUGAAGACAUCAACACAUAACACAUAUGGAAUGAUGUAGUAACCAAAAAAGUGUUAAACAAAUCAAAAUAUAUUUUAUAUUUGAGAUUCUUCAAAGUAGCCACCCUUUGCCUCGAUGACAGCUUUGGCUGUGUGCUCGAUUUUAUACACGUGUCAGCAACGGUUGCGGCUGAAAUAGCCGAAUCCACUAAUUUGAAGGGGUGUCCACAUACCUUUGGCCAUGUAGUUUAUGUAGGUUUUAUUUCUAUUUUAAUUAUAUUGUUUGAUUUUAUAUCUUUGCCGUACAAUGUCCUUGGGUUUUUUUGAAAGGUGUUUUUAAAUCCUAUGUAUUAUUAUUAAAUGUGAUGACUGAUGACUGUUUUCAGGCUCUUCUAGGACUUCCAGAGGUGACCCUGGGUCUGCUGCCAGCUGCAGGAGGGACACAACGUCUACCCAGACUCAUAGGGUUAACAGCUGCCCUCGACCUCAUCACUACAGGUAAGACCCAGACUCAUAGGGUUAACAGCUGCCCUCGACCUCAUCACUACAGGUAAGACCCAGACUCAUAGGGUUAACAGCUGCCCUCGACCUCAUCACUACAGGUAAGACCCAGACUCAUAGGGUUAACAGCUGCCCUCGACCUCAUCACUACAGGUAAGACCCAGACUCAUAGGGUUAACAGCUGCCCUCGACCUCAUCACUACAGGUAAGACCCAGACUCAUAGGGUUAACAGCUGCCCUCGACCUCAUCACUACAGGUAAGACCCAGACUCAUAGGGUUAACAGCUGCCCUCGACCUCAUCACUACAGGUAAGACCCAGACUCAUAGGGUUAACAGCUGCCCUCGACCUCAUCACUACAGGUAAGACCCAGACUCAUAGGGUUAACAGCUGCCCUCGACCUCAUCACUACAGGUAAGAUGAUAGAACACCGCAGACUCACACAGGAAAUGUAUUUUAAUCUCAUGUCUUUGCACAUUCAAUGUACAGAUGCAUAAUGGGUGCAGUUUGUAUUCGUAAUAUAUAAUUAGCAUUGUUUUACAUAAAAUGCUUACAGGAUUUAUUACUUAAAAGGGUGCUGCCAGAUACUUUCUUUGUCCUUAUCUCCAGCAGGGGUCAGCAUUGUACCAAUUGAGCAGUCACCUUUCUAGUCCGUGCUGUUAGGCCUGCUUGGCAAUGAAAACGUAGUCACUAGAAGUUUUCUUACACUUACCCUAAAGCCAGAUUAAUUCCUUAAAAGACUGAAUUAGGGUCUGGGCUGUAAAAUAAGACCCUGCGUUUACAACCCAAUUCUGAUCAUUUGUUCGUACACUACAUUACCAAAAGUAUGUGGACACCUGCUCAUCAAACAUCUCAUUCCAAAAUCAUUGGCGCAGUGCAUUGGGGCAGGUAGCGUUCUCCAAAGCCAGAUUUGUUCGUCGGACUGUCAGAUGGUGAAGCCUGCGUGAUUCAUCACUCCAGAGAAUGUGUUUCCACUGCUCCAGAGUUCAAUGGUGGCGAGCUUUACACCACUCCAGCUGAUGCUUGGCAUUGCACAUGGUGAUCUUAGGCUUGUGUGCGGCUGCUCGGCCAUGGAAACCCAUUUCAUGAAACUCCCGGCGAACAGUUCUUGUGCUGACAUUGCUUCCAGAGGCAGUUUGGAACUUGGUAGUGAGUGUUGCAACCGAGGACAGAUGAUUUUUAUGCGCUUUAGCACUUGGCAGUCCCGUUCUAUGAGCUUGUGUGGCCUACCACUUCGUGGCUGAGCCGUUGUUGCUCCUAGACGUUUCCACUUCACAAUAACAUCACUUACAGUUGACCGGGGCAGCUCUAGCAGGGCAGACAUUUGAUGAACUGACUUGUUGUAAAGGUGGCAUCCUAUGACGCUUCCACAUUGAAAGUCACUGAGCUCUUCAGUAAGGCCAUUCUACUGCCAAUGUUUGUCAAAUGUGAAGGGGUGUCCACAUACUUUUGUAUAUACAGUGCAUUCCGAAAGUAUUCAGACCCCUUGACUUUUUCCACAUUUUGUUAUGUUUCAGCCUUAUUCUAAAAUGGAUUAAAUACAUUUUUUCCCUCAUCAAUCUACACACAAUACCCCAUAAUGCCAAAGCAAAAACUGGUUUUUAGAAAUGUUUGCAAAUGUAUUAAAAAUAAAAAAUACCUUAUUUACAUAAGAAAUUGAGCUCAGGUGCAUCCUGUUUCCAUUGAUCAUCCUUGAUAUGUUUCUCCAACUUGAUUGGAGUCCACCUGUGGUAAAUUCAAUUGAUUGGACAUGAUUUGGAAAGGCACACACCUGUCUAUAUAAGGUCCCACAGUUGACAGUGCAUGUCAGAGCAAAAACCAAGCCAUGCGGUGGAAGGAAUUCUCCGUAGAGCUCCGAGACAGGAUUGUGUCGAGACACAGAUCUGGGGAAGGGUACCAAAACAUUUAUGCAGCAUUGAAGGUCCCCAAGAACACAGUAGCCUCCAUCAUUCUUAAAUGGAAGAAGUUUGGAACCACCAAGACUCUUCCUAGAGCUGGCCGCCCGGCCAAACUGAGUAAUCGGAGGAGAAGGGCCUUGGUCAGGGAGGUGACCAAGAACCCGAUGGUCACUCUGACAGAGCUCCAGAGUUCCUCUGUGGAGAUGGGAGAACCUUCCAGAAGGACAACCAUCUCUGCAGCACUCCACCAUUCAGGCCUUUAUGCUAGAGUGGCCAGACGGAAGCCACUCCUCAGUUAAAGGCACAUGACAGCCCGCUUGGAGUUUGCCAAAAGGCACCUAAAGGACUCUCAGACCAUGAGAAACAAGAUUCUCUGGUCUGAUGAAACCAAGAUUGAAUUCUUUGGACUGAAUGCCAAGCAUCACAUCUGGAGGAAACCUGGCACCAUCCCUACUGUGAAGCAUGGUGGUGACAGCGUCAUGCGGUGGGGAUGUUUUUCAGUGGCAGGGACUGGGAGACUAGUCAGGAUCGAGGCAAAGAUGAAUGGAGCAAAGUACAGAGAGAUCCUUGAUGAAAACCUUCUCCAGAGCGCUCAGGACCUCAGACUGGGGUGAAGGUUCACCUUCCAGCAGGACAACUACCCUAAGCACACAGCCAAGACAACACAGCAGUGGCUUCGGGGCAAGUCUCUGAAUGUCCUUGAGUGGCUCAGCCAGAGCCUGGACUUGAACCUGAUCUAACAUCUCUGGAGAGACCUGAAAAUAGCUGUGCAGCGACGCUCCCCAUCCAACCUGACAGAGCUUGAGAGGAUCUGCAGAGAAGAAUGGGAGAAACUCCCCAAAUACAGGUGUGCCAAGCUUGUAGCGUCAUACCCAAGAAGACUCAAGGCUGUAAUCGCUGCCAAAGGUGCUUCAACAAGGUACUGAGUAAAGGGUCUGAAUACUUAUGUAAAUAUGAUGUUUCAGUUUUUAAUUCUUAAUAAAUUAGCAAAAAUAUCAAAAAAACAUUUUUUUGCUUAGUCAUUAUGGGGUAUUGUGUGUAGGUUGAAAAAAAUAAUUGAAAUCCAUUUUAGAUUAAGGCUGUAACGUAACAAAAUGUGGAAAAAGUCAAGUGGUCUGAAUACUUUCUGAAUAGUGUAUCCGAAAAAUAUGUAAUGUGAAAAUAUCUAAUGUGAUUGGACCAAAAAUAUGAGAAUUGGGCUGUCGUAACCCGUCGUAUCCUUCCCAGGGCUGCCUGUGUAACCCGUGGUAACCCGUCGUAUCCUUCCCAGGGCUGCCUGUGUAACCCGUGGUAACCCGUCGUAUCCUUCCCAGGGCUGCCUGUGUAACCCGUGGUAACCCGUCGUAUCCUUCCCAGGGCUGCCUGUGUAACCCGUGGUAACCCGUCGUAUCCUUCCCAGGGCUGCCUGUGUAACCCGUGGUAACCCGUCGUAUCCUUCCCAGGUCGCCAUAUCUCUGCUGCUGAGGCCCUGAAGCUGGGGAUCCUAGAUCAGGUUACCGAUAGCAACGCUGUGGACCUGGCCGUGGACUUCGUCAGGAGCGUUGCAGGUAAGAGUUGAUGACAUCAUGAUGGGUGAUGGGUUGGGGAAUACAAAAAAACUGUAACUGUAGUCUGUUACGUUUCAAGCAAAGAUAUUGUGAUCGGAUUACAGAUACUUUUGAAAAACUAGAUGAUUACUUUUAAAUUCAGAAAGGAUGUGUGUGAAAAAAAAUACAUUCAUGACACCUUUCCGUUUUCUAUUAGUGACCUUUCACAGCUAAAACCAUGAAGGAAAAUAGAUCAAUGUUUUGGUGUGUUAUUUAGAAGGUUGAAAAGGGAAGACACAGUUAGAAUAUGAAUCACCAUGGCCCUACAGUACACUCUGACAUUAGGACUGGGGUUCCGUCCCAAACGGUACCCUAUUCCCUAUAUAGUGCACUACUUUAGACCAGAGAAUGGCACCCUAUUCCCUAUAUAGUGCACUACUUUAGACCAGAGAAUGGUACCCUAUUCCCUAUAUAGUGCACUACUUUAGACCAGAGAAUGGCACCCUAUUCCCUAUAUAGUGCACUACUUUAGACCAGAGAAUGGUACCCUAUUCCCUAUAUAGUGCACUACUUUAGACCAGAGAAUGGUACCCUAUUCCCUAUAUAGUGCACUACUUUAGACCAGAGAAUGGUACCCUAUUCCCUAUAUAGUGCGCUACUUUAGACACGAGAAUGGCACCCUAUUCCCUAUAUAGUGCACUACUUUAGACCAGAGAAUGGCACCCUAUUCCCUAUAUAGUGCACUACUUUAGACCAGAGCCCUAUCAACAGUAGUGCACUACUUUAGACCAGAGCCCUAUCAACAGUAGUGCACUACUUUAGACCAGAGAAUGGUACCCUAUUCCCUAUAUAGUGCACUACUUUAGACCAGAGAAUGGCACCCUAUUCCCUAUAUAGUGCACUACUUUAGACCAGAGCCCUAUCAACAGUAGUGCACUACUUUAGACCAGAGAAUGGUACCCUAUUCCCUAUAUAGUGCACUACUUUAGACCAGAGAAUGGCACCCUAUUUCCUAUAUAGUGCACUACUUUAGACCAGAGCCCUAUCAUCAGUAGUGCACUACUUUAGACCAGAACCCUAUGUGCCCAGUACUGAGUUUCUUGUUGCAGGUCAUUCUGAGGAGGGGAAAUAUGUACGUAUUAUCAAAGGUUACAACUCAGCCCUGCAUUCAUAAUACACACACACACACACACACACACAACUCAGGUCUAUAUACAGUUGAAGUCUGAAGUUUACAUACACAUUAGCCAAAUAGAUUUAAACUCAGUUUUUCAGUUUUCCUGACAUUUAAUCCUAGUAAAAAUUCCCUGUCUUAGGUCAGUUAGGAUCACCAUUUUAUUUUAAGAAUGUGAAAUGUCAGAAUAAUAGUAGAGAGAAUGAUUUAUUUCAGCUUUUAUUUAUUUCAUCACAUUCCCAGUGGGUCAGAGGUUUACAUACACUCAAUUAGUAUUUGGUAGCAUUGCCUUUAAAUUGUUUAACUUGGGUCAAACUUUUCGGGUAGCCUUCCACAAGCUUUCCACAAUAAUUUGGGUGAAUUUUGGCCCAUUCCUCCUGACAGAGCUGGUGUAACUGAGUCAGGUUUGUAGGCCUCCUUGCUCACACACGCUUUUUCAGUUCUGCCCACAAAUUGUCUAUAGGAUUGAGGUCAGGGCUUUGUGAUGGCCACUCCAAUACCUUGACUUUGUUGUCCUUAAGCCAUUUUGCCACAACUUUGGAAGUAUGCUUGGGGUCAUUGUCCAUUUGGAAGACCCAUUUGCGACCAAGCUUUAACUUCCUGACUGAUGUCUUGAGAUGUUGCUUCAAUAUAUCCACAUAAUUUUCCUUCCUCAUGAUACCAUCUAUUUUGUGAAGUGCACCAGUCCCUCCUGCAGCAAAGCACCCCCACAGCAUGAUGCUGCCACCCCCGUUCUUCACGGUUGGGAUGGUGUUCUUCGGCUUGCAAGCCACCCUCUUUUUCCUUCAAACAUAACGAUGGUAAUUAUGGCCAAACAGUUCUAUUUUUGUUUAAUCAGACCAGAGGACAUUUCUCCAAAAAGUAAGAUUGUUGUCCCCAUGUGCAGUUGCAAACCGUAGUCUGGCUUUUCUAUGGUGGUUUGGAGCAGUGGCUUCUUCCUUGCUGAGCGGCCUUUCAGGUUAUGUCGAUAUAGGACUUGUUUUACUGUGGAUAUAGAUACUUUUGUACCUGUUUCAGAUCCUCAAAAAGUUCUACAGCUGCACCAUCGAGAGCAUCCUGACCGGUUUCAUCACCGCCUGGUAUGGCAACUGCUCGACGACCAUAAGGCGCUAGAAAGGGUAGUGCGUACGGCCCAGGGGCCAAGCUUCCUGCCAUCCAGGACCUCUAUACCAGGCGGUGGGGGUGCAACUCCUAAUGUUUUGUGAUUAGAAUAGUGUCAAAUGAUAAUAAACUGAUGAUGCCCUUUCACAGUAAAUUGAUUAUCACUUAGCUGAAUGCCAUUUCCCCCUUCCUCAAGUCUUCUCAUAGGUAACAGAGCUUUAACACCUGUGACUAGACUGAAUGAUACUUUAACACCUGUGACCUGACUGAAUGAUACAUUAACACCUGUGACUAGACUGAAUGAUACUUUAACACCUGUGACUAGACUGAAUUAUGCUUUUAAACACAAACCACCCGCUAGUUAGUGUGGUUUCCAUGGCCACAGUGCAGGAGUGUCCUGUGGGACAAUGUGUCAUCAGUGUUAUUGCCUUCUGGGAGCACCGAACAAAGUGCUUUCUGUCAAAGUGGCUUUAAUUUCCUGCCAGUGAACAGGAUGGAAGAGGCUGAUGGGGGAAAUACAGUGGGGGGAAAAAGUAUUUAGUGAGCCACCAAUGGUUCAAGUUCUCCCACUUAAAAAGAUGAGAGAGGCCUGUAAUUUUCAUCAUAGGUACACGUCAACUAUGACAGACAAAAUGAGGGAAGAAAAAUCCAGAAAAUCACAUUGUAGGAUUUUUUAUGAAUUUAUUUGCAAAUUAUGGUGGAAAAUAAGUAUUUGGUCACCUACAAACAAGCAAGAUUUCUGGCUCUCACAGACCUGUAACUUCUUCUUUAAGAGGCUCCUCUGUCCUCCACUCGUUACCUGUAUUAAUGGCACCUGUUUGAACUUGUUAUCAGUAUAAAAGACACCUGUCCACAACCUCAAACAGUCACACUCCAAACUCCACUAUGGUCAAGACCAAAGAGCUGUCAAAGGAAACCAGAAACAAAAUUGUAGACCUGCACCAGGCUGGGAAGACUGAAUCUGCAAUAGGUAAGCAGCUUGGUUUGAAGAAAUCAACUGUGGGAGCAAUUAUUAGGAAAUGGAAGACAUACAAGACCACUGAUAAUCUCCCUCGAUCUGGGGCUCCACGCAAGAUCUCACCCCGUGGGGUCAAAAUGAUCACAAGAACGGUGAGCAAAAAUCCCAGAACCACACGGGGGGACCUAGUGAAUGACCUGCAGAGAGCUGGGACAAAAGUACCAAAGUAACAAAGCCUACCAUCAGUAACACACUACGCCGCCAGGGACUCAAAUCCUGCAGUGCCAGACGUGUCCCCCUGCUUAAGCCAGUACAUGUCCAGGCCUGUCUGAAGUUUGCUAGAGUGCAUUUGGAUGAUCCAGAAGAGGAUUGGGAGAAUGUCAUAUGGUCAGAUGAAACCAAAAUAUAACUUUUUGUUAAAAACUCAACUCGUCGUGUUUGAAGGACAAAGAAUGCUGAGUUGCAUCCAAAGAACACCAUACCUACUGUGAAGCAUGGGGGUGGAAACAUCAUGCUUUGGGGCUGUUUUUCUGCAAAGGGACCAGGACGACUGAUCCGUGUAAAGGAAAGAAUGAAUGGGGCCAUGUAUCAUGACAUUUUGAGUGAAAACCUCCUUCCAUCAGCAAGGGCAUUGAAGAUGAAACGUGGCUGGGUCUUUCAGCAUGACAAUGAUCCCAAACACACCGCCCGGGCAACGAAGGAGUGGCUUCGUAAGAAGCAUUUCAAGGUCCUGGAGUGGCCUAGCCAGUCUCCAGAUCUCAACCCCAUAGAAAAUCUUUGGAGGGAGUUGAAAGUCCGUGUUGCCCAGCGUCAGCCCCAAAACAUCACUGCUCUAGAGGAGAUCUGCAUGGAGGAAUGGGCCAAAAUACCAGCAACAGUGUGUGAAAACCUUGUGAAGACUUACAGAAAACGUUUCACCUGUGUCAUUGCCAACAAAGGGUAUAUAACAAACUAUUGAGAAACUUUUGUUAUUGACCAAAUACUUAUUUUCCACCAUAAUUUGCAAAUAAAUUCAUUAAAAAUCCUACAAUGUGAUUUUCUGGAUUUUUUUUUCUCAUUUUGUCUGUCAUAGUUGACGUGUACCUAUGAUGAAAAUUACAGGCCUCUCAUCUUUUUAAGUGGGAGAACUUGCACAAUUGGUGCGUGACUAAAUACUUUUUUUCCCCACUGUAUGUAGGGAGGGCUGGGAGGGGGUCAGUGGGUGUAGGGAGGGCUGGAGGGGGUCAGUGUGUAUGUAGGGAGGGGGUCAGUGUGUAUGUAGGGAUGGGCUGGGAGGGGGUCAGUGGUGUAUUGUAGGGCUGGGCUGGGAGGGGGUUCAGUGGUAUGUAGGAUGGGCUGGGAGGUGGUCAUGUGUAUGUAGGGAGGGCUGGGAGGGGGUCAGUGUGUAUGUAGGGAUGGGCUGGGAGGGGGUCAGUGUGUUAAUGUAGGGAGGGCUGGGAGGGGUCAGUGUGUAUGUAGGAUGGGCUGGGAGGGGGUCAGUGUUUGUAGGCUGGGCUGGAGGGGGUCAGUUGUGCAUAUAGGGAGGGCUUGGAGGGGGUCAGGUGUAUGUAGGGAUGGCUGGGAGGGGUCAGUGUGUAUAUCGGGGAGGGGCUGGAGGGGGUCAUGGUGUAUAUAGGGAGGGGCGGGGAGGGGUCAGUGUGUAGUAGGGAUGGGCUGGGAGGGGGGUCAGUGUGUAUAUAGGGAGGGCUGUGGAGGGGGUCAGUGUGUAUGUAGGGAGGGGGUCAGUGUGUAUGUAGGGAUGGGCUGGGAGGGGGCCAGUGUGUAUGUAGGGAAUGGGCUGGGAGGGGGUCAGUGUGUAUAUAGGGAUGGGCUGGAGGGGGUCAGUGUGUAUGUAGGGAUGGGCUGGGAGGGGGUCAGUGUGUAUGUAGGGAGGGCUGGGAGGGGGUCAGUGUGGUAUUUAGGGAUGGGCUGGGAGGGGGUCAGUGUGUAUGUAGGAUGGGCUGGGAGGGGGUCAGUGUGUAUGUAGGGAUGGGCUGGGAGGGGGUCAGUGUGUAUUUAGGGAUGGGCUGGGAGGGGGUCAGUGUGUAUGUAGGGAGGGCUGGGAGGGGGUCAGUGGUGUAUGUAGGGAUGGGCUGGGAGGGGGUCAGUGUGUAUGUAGGGAGGGGAUGGCUGGGAGGGGGUCAGUUGUGUAUGUAGGGAUGGGCUGGGAGGGGGUCAGUGUGUAUAUAGGGAUGGGCUGGGAGGGGGUCAGUGUGUAUGUAGGGAGGGGAUGGGCUGGGAGGGGGUCAGUGUGUAUGUAGGGAUGGGCUGGGAGGGGGUCAGUGUGUAUGUAGGGAGGGCUGGGAGGGGGUCAGUGUGUAUGUAGGGAGGGCUGGGAGGGGGUCAGUGUGUAUAUAGGGAUGGGCUGGGAGGGGGUCAGUGUAUAUAUAGGGAUGGGCUGGGAGGGGGUCAGUGUGUAUGUAGGGAGGGCUGGGAGGGGGUCAGUGUGUAUUUAGGGAUGGGCUGGGAGGGGGUCAGUGUGUAUGUAGGGAGGGCUGGGAGGGGGUCAGUCCUCUGGUGUCUAGUUGGAGCAGCUCUCUAUCUGAUGAAGCAAUAACCUUUUAGACGAACAAAGGUUGGCAGACGAAAGAUGAUUGUCCAGCUUUUGACAGGAAGUCAUCAAUGAGAGAGGCAGAGGCUCAAAGUAACCUGAUGUUAUCAGGUGGCAAUUUCUCUGUCUCUCUUUUCCUCUCCUACGCUCUCUCUCUCUCUCUCUCUCUCUGUCUCUCUUUUCCUCUCCUACGCUCUCUCUCUCUCUCUCUCUCUCUCUCUCUCUCUCUCUCUCUCUCUCUCUCUCUCUCUCUCUCUCUCUCUCUCUCUCUCUCUCUCUGCCUCACACACACACACAGCUGAUUUAUUUUUCUCCAUUGAGCUGUGUGAUUCCUCCCUGUCUGAGAGGAAAGAUUAACAGAAGCUAGUCGUGACAUCUGUCAGCACAACCAGCCUUUACCCUCUGUACAACCCAAUCACACGUCACGUCGCAGACCAACCAUUUACAGAUUAAGUGCAUGAGUAAUACCACCUAAAAGUACAUUGGAAUCAGAGUGGCCUUCAGAUGGGAGGGGGUCAGUGUGUAUGUAGGGAUGGGCUUGGAGGGGGUCAGUCUGAUAUUUGAUGGUGCGGUGUUGGAAUCAGUGGCCUUCGGAUAAUAUUUGAUGGUGCAGUGUUGGAAUCAGUGGCCUUCGGAUAAUAUUUGAUGGUGCGGUGUUGGAAUCAGUGGCCUUCGGAUAAUAUUUGAUGGUGCGGUGUUGGAAUCAGUGGCCUUCGGAUAAUAUUUGAUGGUGCAGUGUUGGAAUCAGUGGCCUUCGGAUGAUAUUUGAUGGUGCGGUGUUGGAAUCAGUGGCCUUCGGAUAAUAUUUGAUGGUGCGGUGUUGGAAUCAGUGGCCUUCGGAUAAUAUUUGAUGGUGCAGUGUUGGAAUCAGUGGCCUUCGGAUGAUAUUUGAUGGUGCAGUGUUGGAAUCAGUGGCCUUCGGAUAAUAUUUGAUGGUGCAGUGUUGGAAUCAGUGGCCUUCGGAUAAUAUUUGAUGGUGCAGUGUUGGAAUCAGUGGCCUUCGGAUGAUAUUUGAUGGUGCAGUGUUGGAAUCAGUGGCCUUCGGAUAAUAUUUGAUGGUGCGGUGUUGGAAUCAGUGGCCUUCGGAUAAUAUUUGAUGGUGCGGUGUUGGAAUCAGUGGCCUUCGGAUAAUAUUUGAUGGUGCAGUGUUGGAAUCAGUGGCCUUCGGAUGAUAUUUGAUGGUUGCAGUGUUGGAAUCAGUGGCCUUCGGAUAAUAUUUGAUGGUGCAGUGUUGGAAUCAGUGGCCUUCGGAUAAUAUUUGAUGGUGCAGUGUUGGAAUCAGUGGCCUUCGGAUAAUAUUUGAUGGUGCAGUGUUGGAAUCAGUGGCCUUCGGAUGAUAUUUGAUGGUGCAGUGUUGGAAUCAGUGGCCUUCGGAUGAUAUUUGACCAACCUUCUUUAGUUAAGCAGUUGUGCUCUGAGUAAUACUCUCUGCAUGUUCAGAGAACCAGUCUGUUAUAGGACCUGAGAUGAGUCCCAAAUGGCGCCCUAUUUCCUAUAUAGUGCACUACUUUUGACACGCCACGCUUCAACGAUCAAACUCCUCUGUAGCUAAUACAACAAACCCAGUCCUGGGCCUCAAAAGUAGCGCACUAUAUAGGGAAUAGGGUGCCAUUCUCUGGUCUAAAGUAGCGCGCUAUAUAGUGAAUAGGGUGCCAUUCUCUGGUCUAAAGUAGCGCACUAUAUAGUGAAUAGGGUGCCAUUCUCUGGUCUAAAGUAGCGCACUAUAUAGUGAAUAGGGUGCCAUUCUCUGGUCUAAAGUAGCGCACUAUAUAGGGAAUAAUGUGCCAUUUGGGAUGCAUCCAUAGUCACCCAGAGAUGAGGCUUGGUGGCCAUGAUGACCCACUAACUGGCCCAGAGCCAGAGAUGAGGCUGUCCCUUUAUGGCUUGGUGGCCAUGAUGACCCACUAACUGGCCCAGAGCCAGAGAUGAGGCUGUCCCUUUAAGGCUUGGUGGCCAUGAUGACCCACUAACUGGCCCAGAGCCAGAGAUGAGGCUGUCCCUUUAAGGCUUGGUGGCCAUGAUGACCCACUAACUGGCCCAGAGCCAGAGAUGAGGCUGUCCCUUUAAGGCUUGGUGGCCAUGAUGACCCACUAACUGGCCCAGAGCCAGAGAUGAGGCUGUCCCUUUAUGGCUUGGUGGCCAUGAUGACCCACUAACUGGCCCAGAGCCAGAGAUGAAGCUGUCCCUUUAUGGCUUGGUGGCCAUGAUGACCCACUAACUGGCCCAGAGCCAGAGAUGAGGCUGUCCCUUUAAGGCUUGGUGGCCAUGAUGACCCACUAACUGGCCCAGAGCCAGAGAUGAGGCUGUCCCUUUAAGGCUUGGUGGCCAUGAUGACCCACUAACUGGCCCAGAGCCAGAGAUGAGGCUGUCCCUUUAAGGCUUGGUGGCCAUGAUGACCCACUAACUGGCCCAGAGCCAGAGAUGAGGCUGUCCCUUUAAGGCUUGGUGGCCAUGAUGACCCACUAACUGGCCCAGAGCCAGAGAUGAGGCUGUCCCUUUAAGGCUUGGUGGCCAUGAUGACCCACUAACUGGCCCAGAGCCAGAGAUGAGGCUGUCCCUUUAAGGCUUGGUGGCCAUGAUGACCCACUAACUGGCCCAGAGCCAGAGAUGAGUCUGUCCCUUUAAGGCUUGGUGGCCAUGAUGACCCACUAACUGGCCCAGAGCCAGAGAUGAGGCUGUCCCUUUAAGGCUUGGUGGCCAUGAUGACCCACUAACUGGCCCAGAGCCAGAGAUGAAGCUGUCCCUUUAAGGCUUGGUGGCCAUGAUGACCCACUAACUGGCCCAGAGCCAGAGAUGAGGCUGUCCCUUUAAGGCUUGGUGGCCAUGAUGACCCACUAACUGGCCCAGAGCCAGAGAUGAGUCGUCCCUUUAAGGCUUGGUGGCCAUGAUGACCCACUAACUGGCCCAGAGCCAGAGAUGAGGCAGUCCCUUUAAGGCUUGGUGGCCAUGAUGACCCACUAACUGGCCCAGAGCCAGAGAUGAGGCUGUCCCUUUAAGGCUUGGUGGCCAUGAUGACCCACUAACUGGCCCAGAGCCAGAGAUGAGGCUGUCCCUUUAAGGCUUGGUGGCCAUGAUGACCCACUAACUGUAAGUCGCUCUGGAUAAGAGCGUCUGCUAAAUGACUAAAAUGUAAAUGUAACUGGCCCAGAGCCAGAGAUGCAUCUAACUCAACAGAGCUGCACUGGAUCUCAUCCCAUUACUGUCUCACCAUGUCACUGGAGACAGGAAGAAGAAUGUAAGAGGCUUUUAACCAGGUUUAGAACUGUCCAUCCUCUUCUCUCGUAUUCACUGUUAUUGUUCUCUGUUGGAGUGCUACAGAGUGGGAAUCAGUAGAGUUUAGGGUGGAAGCUCCUCAGUGCCGUAGCUGAGUGAGCUCCAAGAAAGCAGGAAUUGAUUUUAAAUGUAAAAAUGGACCAACAUGAUUGUAGAAACCCCUUCGAGUUUCGGGACAGUGAGCUCCAACAGUAUUGGGACGGUGACAUUUUUUGUUUGUUUUGGUUGUAUACUUGGCUCAUCGCGCUCUAGCGACUCCUUGUGGUGGGCCGGGCGCCUGCAGGCUGACUGGUCGUCAGGUGAACGGCGUUUCCUCCGACACAUUGGUGCGGCUGGCUUCCGGGUUAAGCGGGCAGGUGAUAAGAAGCGCGGUUUGCCGGGUCAUGUUUCGGAGGACGCAUGACUCGACCUUCGCCUCUCCCGAGCCCGUUGGGGAGUUGCAGCGAUGAGACAAGAUCAACAUUUGGGAGAAAAAGGGGGUAAAAAAAUAAAAAGUUAAAUAAUGUAUUGUGUCAUUUUGGAGUCACUUUUAUUUUAUUUAUUCGCACCAAAGAAAAUAAGUGACAGUAAUAAAAAACUAAUUAUAAAUAAGAAUAGAAUGGUAACAUGAUUACAGAGAAUCCUGAAUAAUGAUGAGUAAGAAAGUUAGAUGCACAAAUACACUAUAAAUACACUAUAUAUACACUAAAUACACUAUAUAUACACUAAAUACACUAUAAAUACACUAUAUAUACACUAAAUACACUAUAUAUACACUAAAUACACUAUAAAUACACUAUAUAUACACUAAAUACACUAUAUAUACACUAAAUACACUAUACAUACACUAUAUAUACACUAUAUAUAGACUGCCUCUGGAACCAACGUCAGCACAAUAACUGUUCGUCAGAAGCUCCAUGAAAUGGGUUUCCAUGGCCGAACAUCCGCACACAAGCCUAAGAUCACCAUGUGCAAUGCCAAGCGUCAGCUGGAGUGGUGUAAAGCUCGCCGCCAUUGGACUCUGGAGCAGUGGAAACGCGUUCUCUGGAAUGAUGAAUCACGCUUCACCAUCUGGCAGUCCAACGGAAGAAUCUGGGUUUGGUGGAUGCCAGGUGAACGCUACCUGCCCGAAUGCAUGAUUUUGGAAUGAGAUGUUCAACGAGCAAGUGUCCACAUACUUUUGGUCAUGUAGUGAUAUAUCAUACCCCCAAGACAUGCUAACACUCACCAUUACAAUAACAGGGGAGGUUAGUCUGGCUACUGGCAGCACCCCAACGCCUGGCUACUGGCAGCACCCCAACGCCUGGCUACUGGCAGCACCCCAACGCCUGGCUACUGGCAGCACCCCAACGCCUGGCGACUGGCAGCACCCCAACGCCUGGCGACUGGCAGCACCCCAACGCCUGACCAGCACCCCAAAGCCCCUGAGCAUGAUGGAUUGA